UGGUAGGAGGGAGCGGGGAGCCUGCUCCCAAACUCUGCCUGAUGACCUCACUCUCGGGGUGUGGUUUACCACUUGCCCACCCCUUUCAUCCCCUCGGCUGUGUUCAAAAUCGCCCUAACUUGGACUUUCCCUUGCUUUUUAACAAGUGUUCCCACAGUGAGCAGGGACAGCCACACACACACACACACACACACAAACACAAACACACACACCUCUCCACAGCUGCAUGUAGUGGCGCAACAGCAGGGAGCCGCUAAAAGGACAUGCCACUCAAUGUAGUGCUGAGCGGUCCGGCCCCCUGGGGCUUUCGUCUGAUCGGAGGAAAGGACUUCAACCAGCCCCUGACCAUCUCCCGGAUCACACCAGGCAGCAAGGCCUCUAUAGCCAACCUGUGUCCCGGCGAUGUGAUCCUGGCCAUCGAAGGGGUCCCUGCCGCAAACAUGAUGCACUGUGAAGCCCAGAACAAGAUCAAGGAAUCGACCACCCAGCUCUGUCUCACUGUUGAAAGGAGUGAAACCAGACUGUGGUCCCCCAAAGUCACAGAAGAGGGCAAAGCUCACCCGUUCAAAAUCAACCUGGAAGCAGAGCAGCAGGAAUACAAACAUAUCGGCGUGGCUCACAACCGGAAGGCCCAGCCGUUCAUCGCAGCAGCCAAUAUCGACGACAAGCGUCAAGUGGUCAGCGCGGCCUACAACACGCCCAUAGGCCUCUACUCCUCAGGCAACAUCCAGGACGCCAUGCAGGGCCAGAUCCGGGGCCUGGUUCACGACAAGCCCGAGAGCUCAAGGACCUUAACUUCCAUUGAGGACUCUGACGUAUACCAGAUGUUACAGAGAGACCAAGAGGAUCACCACCAACCCCGGCAGUCCGGCUCCUUCAAAGCCCUGCAGGAUUUCGUUGACAGCGACGGCACUCGGCCCAUUGUCACCAGGACGGUGAGAGCCCCGACCACCAAGCCGACUCCGCCCACGGGGAACCUGCAGAAGCUGCCCCUCUGCGACAAGUGUGGAAACGGCAUUGUGGGGACGGUUGUGAAAGCGAGGGAUAAAUUUCGCCACCCCGGUUGCUUCGUGUGCUCCGACUGUGACGUCAACCUGAAACAGAAGGGCUAUUUCUUCGUGGAAGGGCAGCUGUACUGCGAGACGCACGCCCGGGCCCGAACGAGACCCCCGGAGGGGCACGACCUCAUCACGACGUUCGCUUCUUCGUAAAGGCGCGCGCACGCCCGCCCCCCCUCCCGUUAUGACGUCACAAACAAUUACUCACAGACACGCGCACGCGCACAGGCACGUUUUUGCCAAACAACCCCCUCAUGCUGUACGUGUUGCGGGUGUCCGUCUCCAUUCGGACGUCUUCUUGUUGUGUUUUGCACUAGGGCUCGGGGGGUGUUGAGGGGGGGGGGUCACACUUUCUCUCACAUUUUAACACACACAGGUUUUGAUUUUCAAAGUUUUGUCGGUUUUGCAAAACAAAAGAGUAAUAAUAUAAAUAAAAGCACACAACGGAAAAGUUGAAGAGUUUGCCUGAUGGGGAAAAUGGCGGCGCUGUAGUUUUAAGACACUGGGACUUUUUUAACCCUGUGAGCGAGACAACGGGUUGGGCCUCCUUCUGAGAGGAGCCUCCCCUCCCCCCUUGGGUGAAACAGCACCCAGCUGAGAAGGCCGACCUCCCCAUCGCUCUCUCCUCAGGGAAAGUCUCCGGCAAAUAAACAUUAUCAAUCUGU